AGUUGUUAUUAGGCUAUUUAAAAGUAUUCCCACAUGGUGAUUUUAUUGAAACAUUGGAUGAAAAAAAUUAUUUUGAUAUUGAAAUUAAUAAAUUAGAUGAUAUUGAAGAUAAACAAAAUCUUCAAUAUUUAAGGAAAAAAAUUGUUGAAAUAUAUAAUGAUGAGGAUAAAGAUCAUUAUUUCAUCAACAGAGAUAAUGAAUAUUAUCGAAAAUUAUAUAUUUCUUGUGUUAAAUUCGACGAUAUACAACAAUUUUUACAACAAACAAUCAAAAAAAAUACUUUGUAUAGAACAAUUCGAGAAAUAUUUCAAGAUGAGCAAAUAUUUAACAAAUACAAUAAAUUU